AUGGUAGAGGGCAAGAGAGCUUCUUUCGCGCUGUCCACCUCUUCCGCCGCUGAAGCUGAAUCUGAUGCUUUGGUUGGCUGUAUGGAGGACGUUAUCAUGGAUGCCGAGUUCCAAGUACUGCAGAGAACUUUCAUGGACAAAUGCUACCAGGGUUUUGAAGACACAGAAGAGAAUAAACUCACCUACACGGCAAGUUUUAAUGAAUAUUUUUCUUUGGUAGAAAAGUAUAUUGAAAAACAGCUGCUGGAGGGGAUACCCGGAUUCAACAUGGCAAUUUUCACGACAACGUUAAAGCACCAUAAAGGUGAAGUGGCUCAUGACAUAUUCAACAUGCUGCUCACAUUUACAGACUUUCUGGUAUUUAAAGAGAUGUUUCUAGAGUACAGAGCAGAAAAAGAAGGCCGAAGACUGGACUUAAGCAGUGGUUUAAUGGUGACUUCCUUGUGCAAAUCAUCUGUACCAGCUUCCCAGAACAAUCUGCAGCACUAG